AUGCACCAACAUGUGCACGGCUGCAACAAGGGCGGCGAUUGCGAGUAUUGGGAUGACGACAACCUGCUGCAGGAGUUCGGUGCGCCAGCGAGGAUCAUGGUUCGACCGGCCAACCCGCCGUCCAGGACCUCGUACGAUGGCGACGAUCAAGACUUCGACGAUGAGGAUUGUUCGUCGCGUAGCUGGGAGGGCUUCUAUGAGCGGGGCUCGUUUGUGUCCAGGAACCGUCCCAGAUGUGAUUUCACUACUACGGUGCAGCCCGAGUUGACUAUGGUCUGCAGACAGGUCCGCCAAGAGACUCUCCCGAUUUUCUAUGGCAACCAUACCUUUGUGGCCUGUUGGAGACCCGUAGAGGGUGACAGUUGCGGCCUCGAGUUAUGGGUGGAGAGGAUCGGCACGACUAAUGCGGGAUAUGUGCGAGAUAUUCGCAUAGUGUGCUUCAACAAGUCGGCCUUCCAAUGCAUCAACCUCCCCCGCGGUAUCAUCGAGCGACUGGGUCUACUGGGUGUAAAGCUUGGCGAGCCGCGCAUCAAAGUGUACUGCCAACCAAUUUACCCGGCUCCUAGCCCGAGCGACUGGCAGCUUCUGGACUUCUGUUCAAGGGAGAAAGGGAGAGAGGGCGGCAAUAUCAGCAGAAGAUGCUAUGGUGGUGCAAAGAUUUGUAGGCAGAGAUGCGGGAGAAAGGAGGCUGCCGUCGAUCGAGAUGAGGAUACGGCUUGUCCACGCCAUCAAGCCAUGAUAGAAAGUGCGACGAGAAAGACUUCCGGAUGCGUCGAGAGAGGUCAGAAAGAAGGUGUUCGAUGCGCAGAAUCUCGCCGGACGACUCGUACCCUCGGGCCAUCUUGGCUCGUUGACAAGCACACGCCUCGACAUUGUCACCCUCGACGCCCUGACCCCGUAGAGCGCAAGCGCACCACCCUCUAUCCAAAGCUGCAAGACGUCGACUCAGUGAAGGCCUACCCAGAAGUAACAGGCAUGCGCCAUCGAUUCUUCUGGAACGACUAUGACCGGCCAGAGGACAGCCAAGUCGACCAAAUGCAUUCAACCUCGCACACCAACACACAUGAGGCCGACAGUCAAGUCGACCAAAUGCAUUCAACCUCGCACACCAACACACAUGAGGUCGACAUGGUCGCAGCUCUGGUAAAUCGGCUGGUAGGACAGAGUGUGUAUCGCUCCGAAGAGACUGCCGUCCCAAUACCAUACCUUAGCCAGUUGACGAAGCUUCGCUCGAAGUUCGGUUACGCCUCUACCACUUUGAAUGAACUCGAUAUUGUGGAUCUCGAGGUAGAUGGCGAAGAUGACGAGAUGACGGUGACCAACAGCAUGAAGGAAACCCAGGAGCCUGCUUCAGAAACCGCAAAGGGCACGCUUUUGCGUCCCCUGCGCCUCGCAACAAUCGACAACUUCCAAGGAGAGGAAGCCAGAAGCCAGUCUCAGAAAUCGCAAAGGGCACGCUUUCAAGGCCUUGCGCCUCGCAACAGAAGACAUUUUCCAAGAAGAGGAAGCCAAGGUUGUCAUCAUCUCGCUAGUGCGCAGCAACGAGCAUCGGCUAGUCGAUUCAGACGAGAGGGAGGCCAUAGAUCUGCAUCUGAGGUACCGAUGACCUCGAUCCCACAACGUCUCGCGACAACUGCUUCAAGACAAGCUGCUCCCACAUAUCAAGCACCUACCGAAGCUGUCGGCAUGGCACCGUCAAAGGACGCUAUCGUCGCCGGUUCAGACAAGAUAAUCGGGAAGAAGGACGUGCCUUUACGCAACGCUGUGGAUCUAGUCAAAUCCGAGUUGAAGCACUUUCUUAAGCAAGCCUGGCCUGCAGCGAUACUACGAACGUCGAAGCGCCUCCCCGAGCAAGUCUCAUCCGCAGCUAGUGUCGACGAUGCCACGAAGAUCGCCUCGAGCGCACUGCCACCUGCCGCCAUUGCCACGAACCGGGCACUUCCUACAGACCAUUACAGUCUUGGCUCCCUAUUGAUGCUGGAAAAUCGACAAGCUGUUCGUAUGCGGUGUCGUGUCCUCGAAGGACCUAUCAAGAACCCUUGCCAUGCGACAGCGGCCCCUGCACCCGCUUCGCAACCCAGAUCGUAUUUCGUCGCUCAGUACGCGAAGACAUCUGAGAACACUGCCAGCAGACACAACCCGGAAGCGAUCACCGCUUUCUUACAAGUCGCCGACUUCUUCACCAACAACCUCUCCAUCGACGAACGGACCAUUUAG